CCCAAUCCUCGUCUCUUCUCUAGGCUCUAGCUUAGCUACAAUGGAAGAACUUGACAACCAAGACGUAGAAACGGAACAUGGUGGUUAGAGUCACAGGUUUUGAACUUUUUCUUCCUCCUCUUCCAUUUUCACCUUCACUCACUACAUUUUCCCUCAACUCUUCCCUAAACCCUAACUCCCAUUCCUUCUCUCCCUCUUCAAUGCGUUCUACAUUCACACUAUUUCGCAACAUCACUCUCUCCACUUUCCACCAACCCCGCACGCUCCCUUCCCAGCUCCUUCCCCGCCGUUUUCCGCGCCUCUGCGUUGGCGCCGAGCAGUGGGCACUCCAUGAAGAACUUCCGGAGCACGAAAUUUUCCGUUUUGCGGCGGAGACUGGUGAGAAGCGGCUGCCGCGUCCGGAGGUGGAGGUGAAGGAGUUGAGUGAAGUGCCAGAGCUGUGGCGGAGGUCGAGAGUUGCUUGGCUGUGCAAGGAGCUGCCAGCGCAUAAGGCGGGAACUCUGAUUAGGAUUUUGAAUGCGCAGAGGAAGUGGAUGAGGCAGGAAGAUGCCACAUAUGUUAUUAUGCAUUUCUUGCGGAUUCGCGAGAACGAAACUGCGUUUAGGGUAUACAAAUGGAUGAUGCAACGGAGUUGGUACCGAUUUGACUUUGCUCUUUCUACCAGGCUAGCUGAUUACAUGGGUAAAGAGAGGAAAUUUUCUAAGUGCCGUGAGGUAUUUGAUGAUAUUAUCAAUCAAGGCCGGGUUCCCUGUGAAUCAACAUUCCAUAUAUUGGUUGUGUCUUACCUUAGUUCUUCUGUUCAAGGCUGUUUGGAUGAAGCAUGUGGUAUUUUCCACCGAAUGAUUCAGUUGGGUGGAUACCAGCCAUGCCUUAGCUUGCAUAAUUCCCUCUUUAAAGCUCUUGUUGGCAAACCAGGGAACUUUUCAAAGCAGUACCUUAAGCAAGCUGAGUUUAUAUAUCACCGUUUGGUUUCAACUGGACUGGAUGUACAUAAAGAUAUUUAUGGUGGCUUAAUUUGGCUGCAUAGCUAUCAGGAUUCCAUAGACAAAGAGAGAAUAGAAGCAUUGAGGGAAGAGAUGCGACGCGCUGGAAUUGGUGAGAGAGUAGAGGUGCUGGUGUCAAUCUUGAGGGCUUGUGCAAGGGAGGGGGAGGUGGAGGAAGCAGAGAAAACUUGGUCCAAACUUCUGCUGUUUGAAAGCAACCCCCCAUCACAGGCUUUUGUGUACAAAAUGGAAGUCUACUCUAAGGUUGGCAUGCCUAUGAAGUCCUUGGAGGUAUUUAGGGAAAUGCAGUUGAAACUAGGUAAGACAAGUGUGGCAGCAUAUAAUAAAAUAAUAGAAAUACUGUGCAAAGCACAAGAAUCCGAAUUUGCAGAAUCAAUCAUGACAGAAUUUGUCAAUAGUGGUCUUAAGCCCCUUACACCAUCAUAUGUUUAUUUAUUAAACAUGUACUUCAACUUGGAAUCACAUGAUAAAUUGGAAGAGGCGUUCUCUCAAUGCCUUGAGAAAUGUCGUCCUAAUAGUGCCAUAUACAGUAUAUAUUUGGAUUCUUUGGUGAAGGUUGGUAAACUUAACAAGGCUGAGGAUAUCUUUAGGCAAAUGUUUCGUGAUGCGAGUAUUGGUGUCAAUGCCCGAUCAUGUAACAUCAUCUUACAUGGAUACCUAUAUUCGGGAAAUAACUUAAAGGCGGAGAAGAUCUAUGACUUAAUGUGCCAAAAAAAGUAUGAAAUUGAUGCCCCAUUAAUUGAAAAGCUUGAUUAUAUCCUGAGUUUGAGAAGGAGAAUUGUUAAAAAGCCAAUGAGCCUGAAGCUAAACAAAGAACAGAGAGAAAUGCUGAUCGGAAUGCUUUUAGGUGGCUUGCAGAUUGACUCUGAUGAUAAAAGGAAGAACCACAUUAUUGGCUUCAAUUUUGAUGGCAAUUCUGUGAGCCAUUAUGCCUUGAAAAAUCAUAUACAUAUCCAAUUUUAUGAGUGGCUACAUCCUACUUUUAAGACAAGUGAUGACAGUGAGAACAUACCAGAUAAAUUUUGCACCAUUGCAAGCUCUCAUUUUGGCUUUUACGCUGAUCAGUUUUGGUCAGGAGGUCAACCUACAAUUCCAAAACUUGUUCAUAGGUGGUUGUCACCGUGUGUUCUUGCAUACUGGUAUAUGUAUGGGGGCCGUAGAAACUCAUCGGGGGAUAUUUUGCUGAAGAUUAAGGGAAGUCGUGAGGGUGUGGAAAACAUUGUCAAAAAGUUUAAAGCCAUGUCCAUUGACUGUAAAGUCAAGGGAAAGGGAAAGGUAUUCUGGAUUGGUAUUCUGGGAAGCAAUACGACAUGGUUCUGGAAAUUGGUUGAGCCAUAUAUUGUAGAAGAUGCAAGAGAUUUCACUAAGUCAGGUGUGAAUAUGAUGGGGCGGGAUUUAACGGAAACUCAAGACAUUAACUUCAAUAGAGAAUCAGAGGAAUGAGAAAGGGUGAUACGACAUUGACGACCAUGGUUGGACUUUGGAAAAGCUUUUCUUAGUAGUAUGCCAGACUAGGUUAGUUUUUACUCUGGUGGCUAGAAGCUGAAAACAUGCCUGACUUUUGUACUUCAUGUUUUUUUUUUGGGCUGAAGUAACUGCCAUGGUUGCAAAAAUAUAAGCCUUGAAUAUUUUGAUCACUAUCCUUUGAAGUAUCUACAUGUAUAUGUUUUUGAGAAGACUACUUGUAUAUGUUUACAUACUUAUUUAUGUCCAUUUUAUAAAUGGAUUCUUUAUUGAUUAUGCUCAUCUAUCUAUUACUCAAUUAGAACACUAAACCCUUCAGAGACACAUCACAAGCUCUGGUGCUUCUGUUUCUCCCGCACAACUGAUGCGAAUCUUGGGAAGUACACACCAUUCUAGAUUAUGUUAUAUUUCUUUCUGUUAUUCUUUGUCAGGCGAGUUCUGCUGAUCUUCUCUGCUCUCCUUGUUGUAUUUACUUUGGUUAUUUUUCAUGUGUUAGAUUUUGUCUUUCGAGUGAUAUUCAUAAUAUUAUUAUGACGUCAUUUCAUCUAUGUAGCUGACCCUACCUAGUGGGAUAAGACAGACUUGGUCUGGUUGUUGUUACUGUGGUCUUCAUAAUCUUCUUUGAGUUUCAUAAGGCAUGAAUUGUUGACAGAGAACAACGUGGGUUGCAGUUAAUUUAAUUAUUAUAUCUGACUGUUUUCUAAAAACAAUUGCUGUUGGUUUGUCUCAUAGUUGUCAAGAGAUUUUUGGUGAGUUUAUCUUUUUGUUUUUCUUAAGUUUUUGUUUGCUUUUUAUCUGUUUGAUGAUUCUCCUGCAUCUAUGAGCAAAGUCAUUGACUGUGUAAAUAAUCAGAAUGUGUAGAUUCUCUUUCAGUAGCACUGCAUUGAGAAGUCUGUAGAGAGGGAAACAUUCUUUUGUUGGUUUUUGUUGAGUUUUAUUUUGCCAACAAGUUGUGUUGGGCUUUAUUUCUGAUUAUUUUUUUCCUAUUAAAGUACUAUAUCUAAAUGAUAUGUCAAAUUCAGUUUUCAUGAAGUUAAUUUGGUUGGACAUACAAUUCCUAUGAUAGUCUAUCACAUAAUUCUCAUUCUUAAUAAAUUGUUUAAAAAUUGAACUAACAUGUGGGGGGAAAUUGCUACAUGGAAGAAGAAAAUAUGGUCAAGCUUUUUCUGCAGGUUCCAACUACUUUUAGGAAUUUCACUCUGUUUGUGCCAUCCAAUUCCAACGGGACUCUUCCUGGUGGUUUUGAAGCAGUUUUGGCAGUGUUGGAGUAAUGAUGGAGCUUCCUGUAGAUUAGAUAAGAAUGUGAUAAGGACAAGAGGAAAUGAUUCAAACAAAGUUCAAGAACUCAGAUGAUAUUAGUGAAAUUGUAUUCAAGUGCUUGCAAGUAUUUUUUUUUUCCGUUUUGCAAACUUAUGAAAUUCUGCUCUAUUAGGUUCACAGAUUGAUUGCCUUAAUGCUUACCAAAUUAGUGCCUAUUAUGUGUCAAAUGGCAAUUAUGAUAUCACAGCACUUAUAUAAAUGUCAGGAGAAAGUUAGUAAACUGGCAAGUUUUUCCUUCUUCUAAUUGUUUUUGUUAACAUUAUUUCUGUAAUACAUGCGCUAUGGUAUGGUAUACGUUGUAUCAGAUCAGACUGAUACCGUAUGCGGAAUACUUUACACUUACUCUCUUUGUGAGAAUAUUCCGUGGGUGUGUGAGCAUCAAAUCAAGCAAAUUUGGGUAAAAGGUAGCU